CAAGGUCAACAAUGUCGUCUGCUUCAAACCACGUUGCCAUUGUUUGCAAGUAUCGCAAGUAUUUUAAACUAUUAUUGUUUUAUACUAAAAUAAUUAACAGUUUAUGUCAAUAAUUAUUUCACAGACGUCAUAAUUAGAACGUUUCGAAUAAUUACUUGUAUCAGUGAUGCUUCGAACUACUAUUAUAAACAUUAGUAUACCGGUAAAAAUUCUAACUGUCACAUUCAAUUUUACAAUUAAAAAUUUAUUUUUAAAAACAAAAAGAUUACAUCAAAGAUGUACAAGAAGAAUAAAAAUAAAAUGAAACAUUCCUGAAUAUAUUUUGGAAUAAAAAUAAAAAUUCUAUGUUUCAUUAUUACAUAUGUAUAUUAAAAGUACAUAAAUGCAAACGAAUUUAACCUGAAAUCAAAUAUUACUGGAGAUUUCUGGUUGUAUUUUCCAUAUACCGAAUAUUUUUAUUAACCUUUGGCUCCGGUGCUUUAGAAGAUAAAUCAUGCGUGGUUGCGUUAUUUAAUAUCAAAUUGGAUUAAAAUGAUUUGCUUAGUUAAGAGAAUGACUCAGAACACGAUUGGGCUGCGAACGAUGUGUUCCUCAGAAAGUUACGAGGAUGCAAUUAGGACUUUGAAUAAAUUGCAAAGUAAUGCGGCAUAUAUUCGAGCUGUAAAGAAACAUAACUCUGGAACUAAUACAAGUAUCGAAGAUACAAAGAAAUAUCUUUUGAGAACGGGUUUAACUCUAGAUGAAUUGGAUUCUCUGCGAAUAAUUCACGUGGCUGGUACUAAAGGAAAAGGAUCGACAUGUGCCUUUACAGAAUCAAUUCUUCGAAAUCAUGGUUUUCAAACUGGAUUCUACAGUUCGCCGCACUUAAUUUCAGUUCGUGAACGUUUUCGCAUUAAUGGCCAACCGAUAAAUAAAUCGACAUUCACAAAUUUUUUUUGGAAAUGUUUCGAUCUCCUUGAUAGAAAUAAAGAUCAUGAGUGCGAUAUGCCGCAAUAUUUUAAAUUUCUGACUGUUAUGAUGUUUCACGUGUUUCUCGAGGCAAAAGUUGACGUUGCCAUUCUUGAGGUGGGAAUUGGUGGCGAACACGAUUGCACGAAUAUAAUAAAAAAUCCAAUUUGCACCGGAAUAACGAGUCUUGGCCUCGAUCACACAUCAUUACUCGGCGAAACAAUAGAGGAAAUUACUUUUCAGAAAUCCGGUAUAUUUAAAUCAAAUUCACCGGCAUUUUCCGUACCGCAACCAAUUAAUGUAAUGAAUUGUUUGGAGAAACGUGCAAACGAAAGAAAUUGUUCCCUAAACACAGUGCCAAAUGUGGAAAAUUACAAAUGGCCCAACGGUCUGCCAAAAUGGAAAAUCUCCCAGAAUAUACACAAUUAUAAUUUGUCACUAGCGAUUCAAUUGGCGACCACUUGGAUUGAAUUAACCCAAACAGAGGAAUUAACAAUAAAUCAAAAUUUAUAUCGAAAAUCAAAAUUACCAUCAAAGGAGAAAAAACUUUCCCUCGAGAAAACAGAAAUUGCCAUAUCAAAAUGUAAAUGGCCGGGAAGAACACAAAUUUUACAGGGCAAAAAUAUGGAUUUUUUCAUUGAUGGCGCUCAUACUUUAGAAAGUAUGGAAUGUUGUGUUAACUGGUUCAGUGAAACAGUGGGAAAAAAGAAUGCUAAACGUUUUUUAAUUUUUAACUCAACCGGUGAUCGAGAUCCAGCGAUAUUAUUAAAUUUACUAAAACCCAUAAAUUUCGAAAAAUGUUUCUUCACACCAAAUAUCGCGGGUGUAACAAAUAUCUUAGAUCAAGAGAAUUUUACCACAGGAACCAUUGAACAGAAAAAUAGAUGUGAAAAGCAUCUCAAUAUUUGGAAAACCAAUGGAUUAAUUGUGGAAAAUGUAAACGAAGCAUUCGAAUUAAUUAGAGAAAUUUGUCAAGAAAAUCUCGAAAAUCAGAGAGCUCAAAUUUUAAUAACCGGAUCUUUACAUCUCGUGGGAGCUGCGCUUUCUAUUCUCGAUCCAAAUUUUGAAAUGACCACAAAGUUCUAAAAAAAUUUUUUAUCAUUUUAACAUCUUGAUUUAAAUUUUAAAAUGUAAUUUACAGAAUUUUUUCUACAGUAUUUUUAAUAAAGGAAAAAAAAUUAGUAUUUAAAAGAAAAUUAUAUUUAAUAGAAAUAGUUAUCAAACUAGUUUGUUGUUGUAGUUGUAGAACUAGUGUUGUAAUGUGUAUUUUUAUAUUUGAAGAAUUGAAGAAAUUAAAUUUCUUUAUUGUUGACUAGAAUUAAUAAAACAAAAGAAAUUUAAUAAAAUUAUUUUUUAAAAGUUAA